AUGGGGAGCCUUCCGCGGGAACGGGUUACUCCGUCGAGGCCCUUCCUGCACACCGGGGUCGACUAUGCCGGACCGAUCCAGGUGCGAACGGCGAAGGGACGUGGCCACCGCUCCUAUAAGGCGUUCAUUGCCGUAUUCGUCUGCCUGUCGACGAGGGCCGUGCACCUGGAGGCGGUGUCAGACUACACGGCCGACAGCUUCCUGGCCGCCCUGCGUCGGUUUGUCUCCCGCCGCGGCCUGUGCCUCACGAUCCGAAGUGACUGCGGCACGAACUUCGUGGGAGCCGAUGCCAAGUUGCGGGCCCUUUUUGCAGCAAGUAGCACCGCGCUUCGCCAGGUCGUCGCCCGGCUGGCCGACGACGGCAUACGGUGGCUCUUCAACCCCCCGGCUGCGCCCCACUUCGGCGGGAUCUGGGAGGCUGCCGUCAAGUCGCUGAAGCACCACCUUCGGCGUGUGCUCGGCGACCACACCCUGACGUACGAGGAGAUGAGCACGCUCCUUGCUCAAAUAGAGGCGUGCCUGAACUCUCGCCCCUUGCAAGCUCUGUCUGAUGACCCGGAGGACCUCUCAGCGCUCACGCCGGGCCAUUUCCUGAUAGGUUCGGCCUUGACUGCCGUGCCCGAGCCUACUCUGCUGGAUAUGCGGGCUAACCGACUGACGCGCUGGCAGCUUCUUCAAGGGAUGCGAGAUCACUUCUGGGAGAGAUGGUCCCGCGAGUACCUGCAUACCCUGGCUCAUCGGCCGAAGUGGUGGACUCCGGUGGACGACUUCGCCGUGGGCCGCCUCUGCCUCCUCCGCAGCGAGAACACCCCUCCGACUCGGUGGCCGUUGGCCCGCAUCUUGCGCCUUCACUGGGGAGAGGACGGUCAGGUGCGGGUGGUGACGGUUCGCACCGCGUCCUCGGAGCUCGUUCGGCCGAUUACUAAAAUUGUAUUGUUACCCGUUAGUGGGGAAACCGAGGAGCCGCUAACGAAGUAG